UUGAAUAUAAUCUGGGUGUGAUUUUUGGUUAAAAAUUAUUGAAAAGUGGGACAAGAUGUUUAAUAUGGAAAAUAUUGACGUUGAUCUUGUAAACCGGCAGUUCUUUUUCGAUUCUAGUCCUUUUAUUAAUGGAACUGUUAGUAGCACUGGAAGUACAACAGGAUCAUCUAAUGGUAGCGAUUUAUUUCUUUAUGAUGAAAAUAGUAGUGAUUCCGUCGGUUCUUCGUAUUCAUACAACAGUGAUCAAGAAAACAGUUCUGGCUCAAAAGAAGGUCGCUUGCACCGCCACAGACGUCGAAACAAAUGUCCCCAACAACAAAUUCAGCAGAGACAAGCGGCCAACCUUCGCGAAAGAAAACGCAUGCAAUCAAUCAACGAUGCCUUCGAAGGUUUACGUGCCCAUAUACCCACCCUCCCCUACGAAAAACGCCUUUCCAAAGUAGACACCUUAAAAUUAGCUAUAGGAUAUAUCAAUUUUUUAAGCGAACUUGUUCGGACCGACAGAAACUCCAACACUGAUUGUUACAACGGUCAUAAUCGGAACACCCAAAAGGACGAACCCAAAAAAGUCAUCGUGAGAGGAUCUGGAGGAUUAUACACGGCACACUCCUUAUCCUGGUCCAGAACGAAAGAAUCCAACUCAAACGGAAUUAUGCACGCCAAGGUCUGGAUACCGGAAGAUCCAAGAACAAAUAAAGACGGCAGCAGUUCUUCUUUUAAUCUGUCAGAUUGAACUUCCUUAUCUACUACAUAAUUAUUAUUUUUUCGUGUUAUUUUUUGUUUGUUGUUAUUGUUACUUCUAUUUUUUAUAUAACUAU